GCACGCCAGCCGGAAGUGAGCUCCCAGGCCGACACCGCCCUAGCUCCUUGGCCUUCUGGUCGUCGGAGUGACAGCCCCAGGCGAGCGUGAGAGUGCAGCGAGGGGCUGCCCGUGAGCCCACACCUAGAGUCUUUUCUCCGUUGGCCGGUCGCACGGUGCUUUGCGGCUGCCGUCAAGCGCAGCGGAGGCCGGCCGGGCCGAAGGCGCCAUGGCGGCAGGCUUGCUGCCGAGCGCCGGGGCACUGCCGGCGCUGCUGUUCUUGGGGCUCGCGCUGCUGAGCGUUGGGCCUGCCCCGGCGCGGGCUCUGCACAACGUCACGGCGGAGCUCUUUGGGGCCGAGGCUUGGGGCACCCUGGCGGCCUUCGGGGACCUCAACUCCGACAAACAGACGGACCUCUUCGUGCUUCGGGAAAGAAAUGACUUAAUCGUCUUCUUAGCAGAUCAGAGUGCACCCUAUUUUAAACCCAAGGUAAAGGUAUCCUUGAAGACUCUCAGUGCACUGGUAACAAGUGUAGUCCCUGGUGAUUAUGAUGGGGAUUCACAAAUGGAUGUCCUGCUCACGUAUUUUCCCCAAAAUCAUAGCGACAGUGGGUUAGGAGCUGUUAUCUUCUGGGGACAAAAUCAAACAUUAGAUACUAAAAACAUGACCAUCCUCAAUAGGACUUUUCAAGACCAGCCACUGAUUAUGGACUUCAAUGGCGAUCUAAUUCCUGAUGUGUUUGGUAUCACAAAUGAAUCCAGCCAGCCACAGAUACUAUUAGGAGGAAAUUUGUCAUGGCAUCCUGCCUUGACCAUUCCAAGUAAAAUGCGCAAUCCACAUUCUCAUGCAUUUAUUGACCUGACUGAAGAUUUUACUGCAGAUUUAUUCCUCACGACAUUGUCUGCCUCUAAUUCCUUCCAGUUUGAGAUAUGGGAAAAUUUGGGUGGAAACUUCUCUCUCCGUAGUGUCUUUGAAAAGCCUAAAAACCUGGUGGUGGUUGGACAGUCAGCGUUUGCAGACUUUGAUGGAGAUGGACACAUGGAUCACUUGCUACCAGGCUGUGAGGAUAAAGACUGUCAGAAAAGUGCCAUAUAUUUAAUGAGAUCUGGAACAGGGCAGUGGGUUCCUGUGCUUCAGGAUUUCAGCAACAAGGGUACACUCUGGGGCUUUGUGCCAUUUGUGCGUGAAGAACAACCAACUGCGAUACCAAUUCCACUAACCCUUCAUGUUGGAGACUACAACAUGGACGGCUACCCGGAUGCUCUUGCCAUAUUAAAGAAUACAUCUGGAAGCAAUCAGCAAGCCUUUUUGCUGGAGAAUGUCCCGUGCAAUAAUGCGAGCUGUGAGGAAGUGCAUCGGAUGUUCAAAGUCUACUGGGACCUAGCAGGCCUAAAUCUAAUCAAAGAUGCCAUCGUAGCCACCUUUUUUGAUAUUUAUGAAGAUGGAAUCUUGGACAUUAUAGUGCUCAGUAAAGGAUACACUAAGAAUGAUGUUGCCAUCCAUACACUCAAAAAUAACUUUGAAGCAGAUGCUUAUUUUGUUAAAGUCAUUGUUCUUAGUGGUCUAUGUUCUAAUGACUGUCCUCGUAAGAUAACACCCUUUGGAGUAAAUCAGCCUGGACCUUAUAUCAUGUACACAACAGUAGAUGCAAAUGGAUAUCUGAAAAAUGGCUCAGCUGGACAGCUCAGCCAGUCAGCACACUUAGCUCUUCAACUACCUUACAAUGUACUCGGUUUAGGCCGAAGUGCCAAUUUCCUGGACCAUCUUUUUGUUGGUAUUCCCCGUCCGUCUGGAGAGAAGUCUAUAAGAAAACAAGAGUGGACAGCAAUCAUUCCAAAUUCCCAGCUGAUUGUCAUUCCAUAUCCUCACAAUGUCCCUCGAAGCUGGAGUGCCAAAUUGUAUCUUACACCAAGUAACAUUGUCCUACUGACUGCAGUAGCCCUCAUUGGUGUCUGCAUUUUCAUCUUGGCAAUAAUUGCUAUUUUACAUUGGCAGGAAAAGAAAGCAGACGAUAGAGAAAAACGACAAGAAGCACAUCGGUUUCAUUUUGAUGCUAUGUGACUUUGCUUUAAGUAGAACACACUGGAUCGCACUUGAUUAGUGAAAUACUAAAUUUUGACUCCUAGUAAAAAAAAAAUAAUGGAUUUAAGAUAUUUAUAAAUUAUGCUUUCCUUGUCAAUUAUUGGAAAAUACUAAAAUAAAUAUGGCCUGAAUAUCUCAUAAGAUCUUUUUUUUUAAGCACUUUGUAUGUAAUAACUUAGGUUCUUUAUUCAGUAGUACUGAACAUUUUUGUUCCUUUGUGGAAUGUGUUGCAUGUAUUCUGGUAUAUUUGCAUUUACAAUUUUAUUAGAAUAACAAUGGUAGAAAGACAUGUAAAUAAAAAGUAUUUAAAUAAGCUGGGACAGGAGCAUUGUUUUACCUGAAUUGAUCUUGCUUUUUAUCUUAAAAUGCAUACUUUCAUAAAUGUAUAGGAGAUAUAGUUAUUAAACUAGCAUUUAUCACAGUAGAUCAGAGCUCUCAAGAAUGGGCACAGAAUGAGACUAAUUAGUGUGACUUUGGGAUCACAGUAGGACAGAUUGCCUUAGAUUUCUGGCCCUUCAGCCUAACGGUUAUUUGAAACUGGCUAUUGCUUCAUAGCCUUUCUGUAAGUCUGUUUUGUUUAUAUGAAGCUAACUUGCCUCUUGAGUUAUCAUGAACAUUAAGUUAUAUGUGAUGUGCUUAGCUCAGUGCCUAAGCAUAUACUAAGUGUUCAUCAGGCAGCAGUUGUCAUUAUUGCUAUUUUAGGUGAUUUUAUUUCACCACAGAUAAUAUCAAAAUAUAUAGAAUAGUUAUCAGACAUAAGGACUAUGGAAGACUUAAAUUAUUGGUGGUACAUACCUUAUAAUAACUAUCCAAGAGUAACUGUGUCCUAAAAAUUGGUAUUUGAAUACUAAUCCUUGUGUAAUAAUGGAAAGCAUUUGAUCUCUUGAAAAAAGGUGAUAUAGGCAUAAUCUGGAGGUGCAAAUGUGCCAUCACAUUUCUACUCUCAAAGGCCUGGAAAAGUCUAUCUCAUUUCUAGUUAGACCUCAGAUUUUAUACUGUGAACUUUACAUUGCCAAAAUUUACUUUAAAAUUAUUUAAAUCUAGAGUUCAGGAGAGAGGUUAUAAAAUUAUUAGCAAAGCUAACAAUAUUCUGAUUAUUGAGCUAUGCUGUGUCUGUAAACUAUUUUUAAAAAAGCAGUUCUGUUCAUGUUGUUUUCUUCAUUGCAGUUUACUGAAGGGCAUGUGUUCAUUUUUCUUUCUAUCAAGCAUGUUAAUAUACCUUCUUAAUAAAUAUUCCUUACUGAAUGAAA